GCGUACGCGCGAGCGUUAUUUGCUCUCCGUUUAACCUCGGAACAGCGAUUCGAGGCGACUCGACACGGCCGCUUUCAAAUCUCUCUCUGUCUCUCUGUCUCUCCUCGCCCCUGCUCCCUCCCUCCUUCCCUCCCUCCCUCCUUCUUUCUACCUGAUUCAGAUCCGUUCCGACGCUAUGCGUAUGACCGCGUCUCUCUCUGCAAGGCGAGCACCACCAGAGAGACCCGCACGCUGCUGCUGCUGCUGCUGACCGCGAGCACCUAAACGCCGGCUGACGAGCGACCCAGGCCGGGCAACAGGAGCGGGAGACGCCGCCGCUGAUUAACCUCCGGCGGAGGAGAAGGUGGACGAAAUUAACAGUUGGCCCUGGAUAGAGAGAUCGGCAAGAGGACGAGUGUGGCGUCCCGGAGCCUGCUGUCCCAUUCAUCAUCCUCUCCUCUCUUCCUCUUCUUAGCCAAGCUUUUACCUCGCCAAACUCCACUCUUUCAUCUCUUCUUUCCCUCUUUUAUUCCUCCUACUCUGCAACUGGCAAACUUUUCAUUCACACCUCUGCCUUCUCUCUUUCUCUCUGUCCUUUUUCCAUCUUCCAUCUAUUCUUCCCUCUCUCUUCCUUUGCUUUUGACUGGGAGCUCGUCAUGGCCUCUAAACUGAACCCCAACGUCCUGUAUGUGGCGGAGCACGGCGAGUCUCUGGGCUCACCCCAAGCGGAUUCUGAAAACACUCACAUUACUGGAGAAGCUGGAGAAGAGUCAUCAGACAGCGACGGGGAACAAGAAGAGACGUCGCACAAGUUGAUCCGCAAAGUGUCUACCUCGGGACAGAUAAGGGCCAAGAAAAGUGUGAAGGAGGGAAUCCUGUUAAAGCAGACCAGUUCUUUCCAGAGAUGGAAGAGGAGGUACUUCAAACUCAGAGGCAGGACCCUCUACUAUGCCAAAGACUGCAAGUCUUUGAUUUUUGAUGAAGUGGACCUAUCAGACGCCAGUGUGGCCGAGACCAGCACCAAGAACAUCAACAACAGCUUCACACUGAUCACGCCAUUUCGCAAACUAAUGUUAUGUGCCGAGAGCAGGAAGGAAAUGGAGGACUGGAUCGGCGCUCUUAAAUCCGUCCAGAAAUGGGAAACCUAUGAGGCCAGCCAGUUCAACAUGGAGCAUUUCUCUGGGAUGCACAACUGGUACGCCUGCUCGCACGCCAGGCCGACCUUCUGCAACGUCUGCAGGGAGGCUCUGCCAGGCGUCACCUCCCACGGCCUGUCCUGUGAAGUUUGUAAAUUCAAGGCUCAUAAACGCUGUGCAGUUCGCUCCACCAACAACUGCAAAUGGACCACACUGGCGUCCAUAGGAAAUGACAUCAUUGAGGAUGAGGAAGGGGUGUUUAUGUCCCACCAGUGGCUGGAAGGCAACCUGCCGGUCAGUGCCAAAUGUGUGGUGUGUGACAAGAACUGUGGCAGCGUGCGGCGGCUGCAGGACUGGCGCUGCCUCUGGUGCAAAGCCAUCGUCCACAACAGCUGUAAAGAACAAAUGGGUAAGGUGUGUCCCUUGGGUCAAUAUCGAGUGUCAAUCAUCCCUCCCACUGCACUUAACAGCAUCGACUCAGACGGCUUCUGGAAGGCCACCUCAGCGUCGUGCUCCAGUCCUCUCCUGGUCCUGGUCAACUCCAAAAGUGGAGAUAACCAGGGAGUGAAGUUCCUCCGCAAAUUCAAGCAGCUCCUCAACCCAGCUCAAGUCUUUGACCUGAUGAAUGGAGGACCAGAGCUCGGCCUGCGCCUUUUCCAGAAGUUUGUGACGUUUCGUAUCCUGGUGUGCGGAGGAGAUGGCAGCGUGGGCUGGGUGCUCUCAGAGCUGGAUAAACUCAACCUCCAUAAACAGUGCCAGCUGGGCGUGUUGCCUCUGGGCACAGGUAACGACCUGGCUCGGGUUCUGGGCUGGGGAGGCCUCUGUGACGACGACGCUCAGCUGCUGCAGAUCCUGGAGAAGCUGGAGAGAGCCACCACCAAAAUGCUGGACCGAUGGAGUGUGAUGACGUACGAGGUGCCUGCCACCACUAAACGCACACCGAUAGUGAAAGAAGACGACAGUCUUGAUUCUCCUCUGCAGGUCCACAUCACUCAGUAUGCAGACUCUGUGGCCUCCCACCUCGCCAAGAUCCUGGACUCGGACAAACACAGUGACGUCAUUUCCUCUGCCAAGUUUCUGUGUGGGACGGUGAAUGAUUUUGUGGCGGAGGUGGGGAAGGCGUACGAGAGAGCAACAGAGAACAAGGAGGAGGCAGAUGCCAUGGCAAAGAAGUGUGCAUUGCUGAAUGAGAAGCUUGAUUCCCUCGUCAAGGCCUUAAGUGAGGAAGCAGAGGCUCAGGUGGUGCCAGCUGGUUCGGUGCCCAGCCAGGAGAGUGGCGGCUCAAGCCCUGUCGAAAGUGGCGGGGAGUCAGGUUCAGAGGGUAAAACAUACCGGUCCAAGGAGCAGCUGAUGCUCAGGGCCAACAGCCUGAAGAAAGCCCUGAGGCAGAUCAUCGAACAGGCCGAGAAAGUGGUGGAUGAGCAGAACCAACACACGCAGGUCCAGAGAAUGUCGUCCUCGACCUCCAUCAAAAGAGAAAACAGCGAGGAGCUGAAGGAUGCAGAGCCACGUCAAGGAAGCUUAAGUCCCACCUCCCCCAUUGUCCUUGAGAAACCAGAGAGCCUCCACACUGUCACCUUCAGCGAGGACACUGUACAAUGCUCAGAGAAGUGUGUGAUGAACAACUACUUUGGCAUCGGCCUGGACGCUAAGAUUUCCCUCGAGUUCAACAACAAGAGAGAUGAGCACCCUAAAAAAUGCAGCAGUCGCACCAAGAACAUGAUGUGGUAUGGAGUGCUGGGGACGAAAGAGCUGGUCCAGAAGACGUACAAGAACCUUGAGCAGAGGGUUCAACUGGAGUGUGACGGUGUUCCCAUGUCUCUGCCGAGUCUGCAGGGCUUGGCUGUGCUCAACAUCCCCAGCUAUGCAGGCGGUAUCAACUUCUGGGGAGGCACCAAAGAGGAUAAUAACUUUGGCGCUCCGUCAUUUGACGAUAAGAAGUUGGAGGUGGUGGCGGUGUUUGGCAGCAUGCAGAUGGCCAUGUCCAGAGUCAUCAACCUGCAGCACCACCGCAUUGCACAGUGCCGCCAGGUGAAGAUCACCAUCCUAGGGGAGGAGGGGGUCCCUGUGCAGGUGGACGGAGAGGCCUGGAUCCAGCCGCCGGGCAUCGUCAAGAUCGUCCACAAGAACCGAGCGCAGAUGCUCACCAGAGACAGGGCGUUUGAGAGCACACUGAAGUCAUGGGAGGACAAGAGGAAGUUUGACAGCUACCGCGACAGCAGACCCCGCCUUAACUCCCAGCAGUCCAUGGAGUACCUGACGGAGGAGGAGUGCGCUCAGGUUCAGCAGCUGGGCGUCGUGGCCGACACGCUUAUCAACAAGAUCCGUGAGGCAGCCAAGACUCACAUGCUGGUGGAGCAAGAGUUAGCUCACGCCGUCAACGCCACCGCCCUGGUGCUCACAGAGGCCAAACUGUCCAGCCCUGAGUGUCUAAGUCGCAGCACGGCGGUGGAAAUCGUCAACAGCAGUAAAGUUCUCCAGGCUGAGACUAGGAUGCUGCUCGAUGGAAAACUACUGUCUGAUUCUCCAGAGGAAGAGGAGCUCCGGUCGACCCUUAACAGCCUCAGUGCCGAGCUCCACAAGCUGGACGACAUCCACUGGAUCUGUCCGCUCAUGCAAUGCUCCGAGGAGGACUCAAUGAGGGGCAGCAAUAAGAGCAGCAGCAGUAUAAAGCUGAAGCUCAUACCCAAGGUGAAGAAGGAGAGAGAGAAGCUCCACAAGCAGAAGUCCAACAGCUCUCUCUCAGGAAAUUGGGAAAUCCGAGGUGGGACUGGUGAGGCAGACUCCUCGGGCAAUUGAAGUCCUGCAUGAGGUGCUUAUUACCGACCCCCUCAUUACCCUGACAGCCAGGGGUGAGGAGCACCCCUCCUGUUCUCCUCUCCUCCAACCGUGAUACCCAGUGGCCUGACAGAGGUGUGAGGAAGAAAAGGAAAACCAUCUUUCCAAAGUUUAUGCUAUUUCCUACCUGCUUCUUUGUCCUCCAUUUUGCAGGGGGGAUUUUUGUUCUAUUUCUUGUUUUCUGUUGUUGAAGGGGCCUGGCUUUGCAUUGCAUUGCUUCACCACUGGCGUUCUGCUUUUGGUUCUGUUUACCCGCUUGAGUUUGGAAGUCGCCGUGGCCAGCAGCGAAUCAAACAAAGGACAAGGGAGGCGUGGAACAAAAACGUUCUUGCAGAUGUUUAUUUUAUUAAUUUUUUUUUUUUUGGACAAAGAAAUGUGUUUACUUGGUGCACUCCUUGCAUGUCGAGUGCAGCCAUAUCAUUUUAUCAUAAGUUGUUACACUCUUUUAAUUCUUUUCUCUCUAACUUCAAUCGUUUUAUUUCUGAACUUAUGAACAGCCUUUAGACUUUGAUUUUUUUCUCCAGACUUUUUGAGGAGUAUUUAUUUCUUGUUGCUACUGCCAUGAGAACUCAAAGGGCAACAAAAUGAACAAAUCGAAAUAUCUCAACUUUAUCGUCUACUGAACUUGAGAAUAUCUUAAAUGUGCAAAAAAUGUACUGAGGAAUGUACUUGUGUGGACUUGUAUUAACCUGUGAAUAAUGUUAAAUGAUAAAUCAUAUAAGGUUUCACAAAGGUUCUACUGUGGUGGUUCUAAAGUGGUUCUUAAUGGGCUGUUGUCUGACUUGUGUGAUCCGAGGCUAUGCUUUAUGAUGUGUCAUUUCAUCUGGAAUUCAGCCUUAUGAAAAGAUCUGACUGAGGGAUUAAAGUACGGACAUCACUCAAUUAUCAAGGUCUAAAAUUUGACUCGUGAGAGUCAAAAAAAAACUCAUCCCACUGAUUUUAAGAACCAAUAGGAGGUACAGCACCAGAUGAAAUGACUCAUUAAGUCUUUUUUGGCAGUGUAUGGUGAAGGUGUUUACAGAAGGAGGAAGCAUCAAGGACACAUUAACAAAACAUUACAGCCACUCAGUAUAUUACUCCUACUUUGCCAUACUACUGAUUGUAUAUGUAAUAUAAGAAUAAGGGUCAGUGGAUAUUUGGUUUUUGCCUCGUCUGUGAAAAGCUAUUGUUACAUUAUUAUUAUUGCAAAUAUAUUAUCUAUUUUUUUGUAUAUCUUAUUUUCCCAAUGGUAACCUGUGAAACUGUCCUGGCUUUGCUGCUUCCCCCUUUGACAAACUCUUUGGCCAAAGUGCAUAUAAUCAAAGUCAAUUAAUGCUGUUCUGUGUGUCCCUGCAUGCAUGCAUACUUAGCCUUCCUUCGCCUCACAGUGUUAGGCAGCAGUUGCCUCAAAAUAGUGAGUUGUAGCUUGUUUGUACCGACCAGCAGCAUUUGUGGAUUUUUAUUUGUUUUAACUUGCUUGACGCACCAUUUAGUCUAGGUUGUACUGCGAGAGGAUGUUUAUUUAGCCAAAACACUUAAAUGUCUGCCAAUACUUUACGGUGUUGUCCAGACUUCAAGAGAGUGCAUUGAUUUACACCCACAGGGUUUUCCAAGCAGGUAUAACAACAAGAUUUCAUAUAUCUUGAGUACGUGAAACAAUUGUGGAUUCAUGUGCUGCUGUUAGGCAACUUCUACCAAGGUUUACAUUAAUGUUUUUGAAAGGAAUGGUUUAGACAUUUUAGAGGAAAUUUGCUGUUACUGCUAAAUAGAUGGGAAAAUGUAUGUCUUCUUCAUCUCUAUGCAAUCAGUAAAAAGAUGGAAAGAGAAAGCUCCCAGAUGUGCUUAACUUAGCUUAAAAAGGACAAAAGUCAUGUGUUAUUUACACAUAGCUUAUUAGCUAGCAAAUUAGUUCCCAAAGUAUGUUAGUUAACUGGGUUAAGUUAAGUGUUCAAAGCUUGCAACUCCUAGCAAAUCCUGUCCUAGCAACAGCUAGGCUUAACUGUAGGUAGUCAACAAAGCUCCAAUGUGUAAUCCAAUUAGUUAAACAGCAUUUUCUUUUACUAAAGGUGUUAAAUUUACACAUACAGUAAAUAAGAGGAAUACAGACAUAACUCUGAUAGCACUUAGCUAGCUGUUUCUUCUGCUGUGUUUAGUCAUAAGUGAUGAAGCUAACUCCCUAUUGACUGAACAGAGGUGAAUUUUGACAUUUCUUCUGCAUUAAUGUAAAUUUCUUUAAAUGUCUAGUAUUACUACUAAGUUUUAAUUGCCAGGAUGUAAUAAAGAAACACUAGUCAAUAUUAAACAUGAGUCAAAUACUAGCUACAAAUGUCCCAUAGGUGGAGGUAACCAUAGGAAAGUGAUGAUAGACCACUUGCCUAAAGUUGAUUUGUUGUGAUGCAACUCUACCACUUUCAAAACUACAAAAAAGGGACAUAACAAUGUUUAGACACUUUGACUCGCGUCUAAUCAAGGCAAACUAAGUGUUUUUUGAGAUUUUACUCGGAUAUUACAUCCACGAACAAGGCUGUAAACUGGUAAUGCAUCAUUUCUGUUCUUUUUUUCACCAAUAACGUAAAGGGUUAGUUCUUGAUUUUCUCAGUUAUUUAAACAUUUUUUUAUGAAAAAUAACCCAAACUAACUCCUGAUAGGACAGAGUUACUGUGAGGCGUUGUAGAUGUUCAGCUCUGGUAGAAUUGUGCUACUGUAUCCAUAGUGUGCCAGCUAUACGCUCUACACCUUAGAGGCUUAAGUGGUGUCGUGCCAAGUUUGUACUGAGUUCAGUGGGCUAUGAGACAUACAAGGUGUGUGUGAGAGUGUGUGAGCUUCAGAUGCAGAAGUUGUAUGUCGUACAUUUCAAAGUUUACUGUAUCUUGCCUUGCACUUUACGAAGAAGCAAACUUAAUGGGGAAAAAAAGACAUUUGUGUGCAUGUGUGCGUGUGUGUGUUGAAGAUUUCAAGUGUUUACGAGUGUUGUUUUUUUUUAAUUGAUUUGUUGACAAAUCUUUUAUUUAUGAUAAAUGUAUACGGACAAAAGUGUGUUGAUAAAAUGUAUAUAUCUAACUAAACAUAAAAGAAUGAUAAAUGUAUAGAGAUGUAUACACAUGUUUAUUACAUCAGUGGUUGUACAAUUACUCCCACAGCAGCUUGAGAUCUCCCAAUUAACGUCAAUGUUAUUACAUGUGAUUAUGUGUCAUUCCACUGCCAUAGCAAUGUCAUUGAAAUGUCUUUCCAAUGUUACACCAAUUGGUAUUGAAAUAGUAUUCUCCAAAUGUAACCAAGGUAAGGUUAUUCUAACUUUAAGCCAAAGUUAUUUGAAUUCUCUAGUGUUAUUACAGACUACUAAUGAAUCGAUUAACACAAAAAGAGAUGUCAUAUUCAGCCUAUGUUUAACCAACAUUUGGGUGAACUUUCUGUGUAUAAUUUAGAAAAUUUUAAAACUGUAAAAUCUAUUGAGAAAAUCUACUUUAUGCUUUAAUUUGCAUUUGUUGUGCUAAAAACGAACACAAAGAUGUGUCCAGUUACGGAACACACAUUUGUGGAAGCUAUUUCUGGGAUAAGAAUAACUAGUUGCCUAUGUUUCAUGGUCUUUUAACCAAGGAUUUCAUAGUUUUUCUUUUAAAGCAUAAUUUUUUGGGUUAUUUUGUAUGAGUGUCAUUUUUUUUUCUUCAUAUAGCAAAAAUGUCAUUUUUUACUGAAACUCCUCGAAAGAGUUGCAUGGAGCGGAGAAAAUGAAAUCAACCCACAGAUUACAGAUUACCCCCACCAUGUUUGUGCAACAGUAUUCCAUGGACAACAUUUGUGAACGCACCACCUGAUCUGAACAGCCAAAAUAUUUAAGACUGCGCAGUGCUGGAAGCCAGACUAGAUGUUGCACGACCUUGUACGUUGCGAGGUGUUUUAUUGUGUUAUCGUGUGCAGUGUGUAACAAAGACAAAGUCAGCGCAACCGUUUGGACAUUAAAUGAAUUAUUGAAGUGUGAAGCUGGUGUCCUUUGGUGUUAAUGUGUUGAUGAUGAUGAGAAAAUCCAGUUUCAGCGUACAUUUAAACUCUUAAAGGUACGGUCACAAUAAAACUUCCAAAAUUGCCCCGACGCAAUUUGAACAAACACUUGCAGGAUGGAAAUGUAAAGUGACCGUACCUUUUGUAAAUUCGUUCCUACUUCCCUAUUAUCUAUUGCACUUCAGUUUUGGUUUACCUUGCAAAUGGAGAGAAAAGUAAAGGCCUUGCUUCAAACCAA